UUUCGUGCACGCUCUGUGGUGCCGCAAAGCUACCGGAUUUAAGUUUUGUUUUUCAGUUGGGGGUUUCUGACUUGGAGUCUUAGUGUGGCGUUAUUUUUUACAAGAAACAAAUUGGUCCAACUUGGGAGAAGUUUUGUGGAAGGAGGUGAUGCUCGAACUCACUCAGAAGCCUGAAAUCAAGAAUUGUAUGCUCUUCUGAUUAAGCCAGCCAGGCCCCUCAAGAAUCCUACAUUUUAGGACAACACGUUCUCACCAGCAGGUGUGAAAAGGACAGGAUGAACUUUACUCCGACACGAACACCUGUCUGCAGAAAGCUGGCAACUGACUCCGAACAUGAUGUUGCUGAUGGCUUCAGUAGUCCCACCAAGUGGAAGGGAAAGUCUUUUUUGGAUUCGGUGGAGUCAACUCCCUUGCCUUCCACACAUGAUCGUCUGGCUCUCCUCUGCCCUUCUCAGGAGCUUCUGGAAUAUUACCAAAAGAAGAUGUCUGAGUGUGAGGCAGAAAAUGAAGACCUGUUGAAGAAACUGGAACUCUACAAGGAAACUUGUGAACGACAGCAUAAACUAGAAUGGGAUUUGCAGCAGAGAGAGGAAGAGAUUGCUGAAUUGCAGAAAGCCCUAAGUGAUAUGCAGGUCUGCCUCUUCCAGGAACGGGAACACGCUUUACGCCUCUACUCGGAGAACGACCGACUGAGAAUCAGGGAGCUAGAAGACAAGAAAACGAUUCAGAAUCUCUUGACUCUUGUGGGCACAGACACUGGAGAAGUGACCUAUUUUUUUAAGGAACCUCCAAACAAAGUCAGCAUUUUCCAAAAGACUAUCCAGGCUGCAGGUGCAUGUGAACAGAAUGAACCUCCCUCGGCUUCCAGAGCAGAUUCUAAAGUAAGGAAAAGAAAACCAGUAAUGCGAGUGAAAGAAGAAAGUUCUGAGCAAUACCAGAGAGACAUACAAACACUUAUCUUGCAGGUAGAAGCGCUGCAGGCCCAGCUGGAGGAACAGACCAGGCUUUCUCGAGAGCAAGUGGAAGGGCUCAUGGAGGAUCGACGGAUCCGCAUUGAGGAAAUACAGGUUCAUCAACAGAGAAAUCAGGACAAAAUCAAAGAGCUUACCAAAAGUCUCCAUCACACCCAAGAACUUCUCUAUGAGAGCACUAAAGACUUUUUGCAACUCAGAUCUGAAAACCAAAAUAAGGAGAAGUCAUGGAUGCUUGAAAAGGAUGAUUUGAUGUCAAAGAUUAAGCAGUACAGCAUGCAGAGUAAGAAGAAAGAAGACAAAAUUAGACAAGUUUGGCCAGUCAUUCAUGAGAGUCAUCAUCACCAAAAUGAAUAUGUUAAGUCCCUAAAGGAUAAGUUAGUACAAGAGAAAAAAUUGUCCAACAUGUAUCAAGAGCAGUGCAUUUCCCUAGAAGAAGAACUUGCCCGAAUUCGUGAGGAAGAGGGAGUGAGGAGAGAGAUCUUCAAGGAUCGCACUAACAAGAUGGGGAGGCGCUUACAGGUGGUGACAAAACGCUAUGAGGCCUUGGAGAAUCGGCGUCUCUUGGAAGUAGAAGGCUUUAAGACAGAUAUUAAGAGUCUCCGGCAGAGACUGAAAGACCUGGAGCAAACACUCUAUAAGGCAACACUUAAUGCCCAGGCAAACCAGGAUCUUGCCAUUCUGUGUGAGGUGCGUGACAGCAAUAGGCGGGCACAUAAGAUACAAGGAGAACUGAAGAACCUUAAGUCCAAAAUAUUUGGUCUGGAGAAUGAACUUAGACUCUGUUGAUUUUACGUUUAGAAAUGAGCCUUGUCUGGAAUAGGUCUGCUUCCUGAAAUCGGAGGAAAAGGUCGGUCAUCUUCUCCCAGAGCCUGUACACACAGAGUCGGCUAGAACAGUGAUGUCUGUCAUAUCCGACAGGGUCACAUCUGUCACAUCUGUCAUAUCUGACAGGGCUAAGAAUUAGGAAUCACUAAAAGAGCUCUUCUUUCAUGCUAGUAAGUUUUAGCUAUACUUUUUGCUGACCUAGUAAUUUUUCUUUUUUUUUUUUUUGGUCUGGAUUGUAACCUGAAUAUACUUAGAGACUUUCCCACAUUUUUUCUCACAUUCAUAAUAUAAUGAUAGUUUUCUGGGUUUUUUGUUUUUUUUAAGAAGACAAUGAGUGAAAAUUUAGAAAGUAUUUUUUGCUACGAGCUGGGCUGAAUGUCAGUAGUGGAACACUUUCUCUGAGAUCAAGGCCUCCUCUGAAGUUGCCCAAGGCAGCAAAUCACAAUCUGUCAAAUGUGAACAGGUAGUAAUCCUGCUAUUUAACUUUCUUCCUUCAUGAGAACUGAAUUACCUUUCUUAGAUACCCAGUCUCAGGAAGUGUCACCAGAGGGCACUAGAGACCCUACUCUUUCUUUCUACCUUUCUUUCUCUCUUUUUCUUUCUAGAGACCCUACUUUUUAAGUAAAAUGUUCAUCUAGGAAAAUAAAAGUGCCACUCUGGUAAGAGUGAGUGAAACAUCAGUGAUCCUUGUAUGAAAGUUCAUCAUUUUACCAAUAACAUGCUUUUAAACAAAUAAUGUAUAUAUUCUAUAUUAACUAUUUUUCAAUAAAAAAUGUAGUUGACAAUA